AUGGACUCCAACCAUCCUACAGUUCUCCUUUUCGGAGACGUCACAGACCCAUGGGUUGACGGCAUCGAUUAUGUCUACAGUCAAGCCGCAACCAGACCAUGGCUUCGGUCCUUCCUGGGUGACCUCUUCUCGGGCCUGAAGGCAGAGAUUAGGACCAUGGACCGAACAUUGCAAGACAGUUUUAGGGAUUGCUCCAGUUUCCAAGAGCUCGCUGAACGAUAUCGACGUACCGGCGACGAUUUUGGGAUGGCGCAUGCCAUGCUGAUUUAUGCCAUCAGAGCCGUGGUUUUACUAGAGACCAUCAGCGGCGAACCACAAUUACUAGACCCGAGCCGGCCCAGACUGGAGUUGAUGGGUGUAUCCGGAGGUCUAUUCAGUGCUGCAGUCGUCUCAAUCGCGACGAAUUUCACGACACUUUAUGACACAUGUCUCGAGGCGGGUCGGGUGUGGGCAAGACUCUGCAACUUCACUUUGGUGAAAUCAAGAGCCAUGGAGGAGCGCCCUGGAACCUGGGGUUGGGCUGUCCUUGGAAUCCAGGCUGAAGAGCUAGGUAAAACCCUGGAGCAGUUCCAAAAUUCAAUGGGAGUUCCGUCUGCCAAAAGAGCCAGGGUUGGUGUCACUGGAGACAAAUGGAGCACCGUCAUCGGACCGCCUUCUAUCUUGGAGCUCGUCUUGAACGAAUGCCCUAGACUGAAGAAACUUCCAAAGAACGAGCUCAAUAUCCAUGCUCUUCAGCACACCCUAGACAUCUCCGAGGCCGAUAUUGACUAUAUUGUCGGGAGUUCCCCACUUCUAAAUACACCUUUACCCCGGGGGUAUAGGAUAUACGGCCUGGAUGAGGGUCAUCCUGAGGCUACUUACUCCAGCUGGGGCCAUCUGUUGAGGGCUUCUGCAUCACAGACUUUGGCACGGCCUUUGAGCAUUGUCCAAGCUGUCAGCAAGCUCAACGCCAAUCUGGGGACAUCACAGCAUGUUGAUUUCAAGAUCAUGGGUCCCAGCAGCCACGCCGCAUAUAUUGUCAAGGUUCUACAAACUGCCGGAAGGGAAGUUUCUCUUCAUGAUGAUAUAUCCACCAAAGCGCCGACCCCAGAGAGUCGAGACGGGAUCGCCAUCAUCGGCAUGGCAGGAAAAGGACCCGGCAGCGAUGACCUCGACGAAUUCUGGGAGGUGAUCUUGAAAGGGCUUGAUCUCCAUCAAGAGGUCCCCUCCGAUCGCUAUGACUUGGAUGAAUACUACAGCCCCAAGCAUCCCCCGGCCGGUCCAGGAAAAUGCACCAUGACCUGCAAGCACGGCUGCUUUAUGAAUAACCCCGGACACUUCGAUUCGAAAUUCUUCCACAUCUCACCCCGAGAAGCUUUGUUAAUGGACCCCGCUCAUCGAUUGUUCCUUAUGAACGCUUAUGAGGCCCUCGAAAUGGCCGGGUAUUCCGAUGGCCAAACCAAAUCGACGGAUCCGACCAAGAUCGCGACCUUCUUCGGUCAAUGUAAUGAUGAUUGGCAUGUCGUUGGUCAUCGAACAUUGGGAUGUGAUGCCUACACCUUACAGGCAGUACAACGUGCAUUCGGACCGGGUCGACUGGCCUUCCAGUUCAACUGGGAGGGGCCGACUUAUGCCCUCGAUUCUGCGUGUGCAGCGACCAGUUCCUGCAUCCAUCUUGCCUGCAUGAGUCUGAUGACUAGAGAUAUCGAUAUGGCCGUCUCAGGAGCGGCCAACGUGCUGUCCACCCCGCAUUCAUUCACCAGUUUGAGUCGAUCGGGCGUCUUGUCCGACUCUGGGAACUGCAAGACGUAUCGCGAUGACGCCGAUGGGUACUGUCGCGCCGACUUCAGUGGUGCAGUGGUGCUGAAACGACUUGACGAUGCCAUUGCUCACAACGACAAUAUCCUGGCGGUCAUCUCAUCCUCGGCCAGAAACCAUUCGGGCAAUUCUACAUCCAUCACUACAUCUGAUGCUGCCGCCCAAGAACGAUUGUUCCAUAAGGUCCUUCGAAAUGCACGGGUGACCCCCGAGGAUAUCUCCUAUGUUGAGAUGCAUGGUACGGGUACCCAGGUUGGCGAUAAAGCCGAAAUGGGCGCGGUUUCGAGUGUCUUUUCGAAACGGCGUGAUGGAGAACUUCUGCCGGUGGGAGCUAUCAAGGCAAAUAUCGGCCACAGUGAAGCAGUGAGAAUGUCUUCCCUGCUCAAGAGCAUCCUCAUGUUUCAAAAGGGAACCAUACCACCACAGGCCGGGAUGCCUCAUACCCUCAACCCCAAUUUUCCACCCCUACAUGAGAUUAACAUAAAGAUUCCUUCGGAGCCAAUGGAGUUCAAGGCUUCCGGCGACAAGCCCAGACGUAUUCUCCUCAACAAUUUCGAUGCCGCGGGCGGCAACGCAUGCCUACUCCUGGAGGAGUACACGCAUACGAGCGAGAGAGGCGCAGAUGUGAGGUCGGCCCACACCAUUGUGACCUCUGCAAGAACACCAUCUUCGCACCUCCUCAACAAACAACGACUACUCAAGUGGCUUCGAUCAAAUCCCAAUACUCGCAUUGAGGACCUUGCCUACACAACUACGGCAAGAAGGAUGCACCAUCCCAUCAGAUUCGCGCUGACUGCAUCCACAACACAAGAGGCCAUUUCAAAGCUCGAGUCUGAGGUUGAACGCAGUAGCAACCCCUCUGCUUCGCGGCAUGUCCCCGUCGUCUUCGUCUUCACUGGACAAGGUUCUCACUACGCAGGCAUGGGUGCCGAGCUAUACUGCACGAAUUCUGUUUUCCGCGAGAGAGUCGAUUUGUGCGUGGCAAUCUGCGCCGGCAACAGCUUCCCCCCAUACUUGGACAUCAUCACCGAGGAGGGAAUCGAUGUGUCUACCAAGUCUGCGGCGCAAGUGCAACUCGCUGUCCUCACCUUGGAGAUAGCCCUCACCCACUUUUGGCGAUCCGCAGGAAUUGAGCCUGCGCUGGUCAUGGGCCACAGUCUGGGUGAGUACGCUGCCCUGCAUGCUGCUGGAGUCCUGUCGCUGGCAGAUGCGUUGUAUUUGGUUGGACAUCGUGCCUUGAUCCUCCAGGAGCGAUGUGAAUCCGGGUCUUGUUCCAUGCUUGCGGUGUCAACGUCAGUAGAAAAUGUGCGGGACCACCUAUCCCAAGUCCAGUCCUCUUCUUGUGGUGUGGCCUGCAUCAACAGCCCGAGUGCUACUGUUGUCAGUGGGACAGCUGAGGAUUUGGCACAAUUCCAGGAAAACAUCACGGCGCAGGACGCCAAGGUUCGCGCGAAGACAUUGUCCAUCCCAUUCGCAUUCCACUCGUUCCAGAUGGAUCCAAUCCUACAAGACUACAGCUCUAUUGCAGCAGGCGUCACGUAUUCCGCGCCGAAGAUCCCUGUGGCAUCAACUCUGCUCGGAUCUGUUGUCGAUGAACCGGGUGUCUUCGACCAGGACUACCUGGUCCAACAGACACGCCAACCGGUCAACUUUGUCGGUGGACUCAACGCCGUAAACUCCAAACUGAGUGACCCAGUCUGGCUUGAAAUUGGACCAUCUCCGGUUUGCGUAUCUCUUGUGCGCGAUACCCUCGCACCUCCGCCUUCCAAGAUCACGCAUACUCUACAGCCAAACAUCAGCAAUUGGACGUCCAUCUCCAAAUCUCUUGCGGCGGCUUACGCCAACGGUGUCGAUAUCGAUUGGAUUGCACUACAUGCUCCAUACGAGAGCAAUCUUCAAUUGUUGACGCUCCCUUCCUAUGCGUGGGAUGUAAAGGACUACUGGAUCACUCAUACCGACAGAGUCACCGAGGUUGUGCCGGAACAAUCUUCGGUCACGGAAUCUGGGCCGUUUGUCUCGACUUGCGCACAGUAUCUUGUCUCUAAGUCGUCCUCCCCGAAGACCCAGGUGGUUUUCCGGGCCUCCAUUUCUGAUCCCGGAUUUAUGGGACUCAUCGACGGUCACAAAAUGCAAGGAAUCGGGCUCUGUUCGGGAAGCGUCUUCUGCGAGGCCGCUUUUGCAGCGGCCAAGUAUGCCCUCGAGCACAGUGGCAGAAAGAACGUGGACCAGUCCUGGCUCACACUUCAUAGACCCGAGCUGCUCUUGCCCCUGACAAAGAAGCUCGCUGGCGCUGAUGGAAGUCUGAUCACCACCGCUGUGAUGGAUUCUCCGUCUGCAGACAGGGUCUCGGUUACAUUCAAGCUUACAUCAGGAGGCACAUCGCAUGAGCUCGGUUCUUCCAUCGUCAAUUUCCGUGACCCGGCUAAGACCCAGGCAGACUGGGACCGAGUAUCGUACUUCAUCCAAGCCAGGAUGGACGAGGUGAUCAAGAAUGCCAAAGAGGGUCCCGGACAUAGGAUGCAACCGGAAGUCUUCUAUGCUCUAUUCGGCAAUUCCGUCGAGUUUAGCACGGAUUUCCAGGGCGUUGACGAGGCCUACAUCGCCAAAGACUUCCAGGAGGCCGCAGCAGUGGUUACGCUCCCGCACGAUCCUGCUGGUACUCGAUUCACCUUCUCGCCAUAUUGGGGCGAGGCUUUGGUGCACCUGGCUGGCUUCAUGGUGAAUGGAAACCCGAGUAAAUCGCCCCAGAAAACAUUUAUUGUGAUGGGAUUUGAAAGCGUGGAGCUCACGGUCCCGUUAGUGCCUGGGAAGCAGUACCUAGUCUACACUCGCAUUUCUAAAUGGGUCAAGGACACGGCAUACUGUGACGCGGUGGUCUUUGAUCCGGAGACGUCGAAAAUUAUCCUCCAAUGCACCGACCUGCGAUACCAGGAGCUCCCCAGAGUCACCUGGAAGCAUGUUCUCGAGAAGUCGCAUGGGACUUCUUCGGCGCCCACCCACAGAGCACCUGUGAAAGAAACCAACAAGACUGUCGAGGUCAGUCCACAGACUUUGGACAUUGAGAAAGUGCAGCCACAAGCAACUGAGGCCCAGGAGGACGACGACGACGACGACGACGACGACGAGGACGAGUACCCCCAAGAUGAAGGGUUGAUUGAUGCUAUCUUGGACAGCAUCUCCAAGGCUACGGGCAGCGACUCUUCCGAGUUCACCGAUGACACUAUGGUAGCCGACCUUGGAGUCGAUUCCAUCAUGGCAAUUGAGGUUGUCGCCGCCGUCAAGGAAGAAUCUGGUCUCGAUCUCCCCGCGACAUUCGUUCUCGACCAUCCCACGAUUGGCGACCUCCGCCGCGCCUUUGGUGGAGCAGAUAAACCAAAGGCCCCAAAGUCCAAGGCCAUCUUAACUCCCUCCAGUUCUCAGGCCUCUAUCCCAUCAAGCCCCAGUCCCGAAUCAAUCUCCAUGUCCGAGACAGCCUCCUCCCUGGGCUCCAGUGCGGUCGAUAUCGAAAAGGAUGAUCUAAUAACACCCCCUCCAGAACGUCAGGACAACAACACUAAGCAACAGGGGAAGCCACUCAUCAACAAGGUCAUCGACACAGACACAUCCCCCGCACCCAGUGUCAGAAUAACCCUACUACAAGGCCGUCCCGGACCGAAGCGGACUCCCCUCUAUAUGAUGGCCGACGGCACCGGCACAAUCGCAACCUACAUCCACCUCCCAGCCUUCAAGUCUAAAAUGCCCAUCUACGGCAUCGACUCGCCCUUCCUGCGCUGUCCAACCCGCCUAACCAAGGAAGUCGGCAUCGAGGGUGUCGCAAAGCUCAUCGUUGAAGCCCUCGUGGCCGCCCAGCCCAAGGGCCCCAUGAUGAUCGGCGGCUUCUCCGCCGGCUCGAUGGUCGCCUUCGAAGUCAGUCGCCAGCUCGGCAGACUGGGCCGACAGGUAUCCGGUCUCGUGCUGAUCGACAUGUGCUGUCCGCGCUCGAGUCUCCUCGACGAGGAAAAGAUGGACUCCGAAGACGAUGCCAGCUUCGCCAUCUUCGAAAACGCCGUAUCCAAAGAUGGCCUCUGGAGCGUGGGAAGCACCACCCAGAACCAUUUCCGCGCGUACCAUGUCGCCAUGCACGCAUAUCACCCGCCCUACAUGACGGAACAGGAACGUCCCGCUCACACGGCCGUUAUCUGGGCCGAGAAGGGGAUGGUUAAUCGGGUCGUUGGUAACGAGAAGUUGAUGCAGAUGCUGGCGGACCAGGGUAUCCCGACGACGUCGUAUCCGGGCUAUAUGGAGGACCCGCAGUUGGGUGCGUUUGCCUGUCUUGUGCCGGACAGGGAGGAGGCGGACCUCGGGCCCAAUGGCUGGGAGAAGUAUACUGCUGGAGAGGUUUUGGCACUGUCGGUGAAUGGAGAUCAUCUUGAUCUGCCCAUGCCAGGACAUGUUCACCUACUUCAUCGGCAAAUGGAGAAGGCGUUUGCUUAUUUUCAGGGAUGA